AUUAUGAAGGGCAAAUCCGAAUGGCACUGUUGCCCUGCCGCCGCUGUGUUUUCCUUCCCUGUGUUUCACAAUUUUUUUGUCAAAGAUGUGAUGUCACUAGGGUGCCCAAACGAGAUUUACAUUAAGCAGACAAACUUUAUGAGUAGUACAAUUAAGUAAUAUCUGUGCUAUAUGCUUGCUCAGAAAUCUACAAUUCAACAAGAAAUCAACUAACCACACUUUCAAUGUUAUGAAAAAUAUAACACCCUUUCUCCUUUUAAAAUGUGGCCAUGAGUUAGGUUAGUGAAGGGAUGUGAUUUUCAACCUUAUUGCGGUUUUGUCCAAAGGGGUAACAAUAUUUAAGGCUUGACAAUUGGCAUGACGGCGCAAGGGCCAACUCUUGCCAUAAUUAGCAUGUGCAUGUUCUGAGAAGAGCCCCAACUCUUUUUUGUUUUUAACUAAAUAGAUAAAAAUAUCAAAAGUAAUUCAAUCCUAAUCAGAAUGCAUGUGGUGUGUAUUUGUUUGUUGUUGUAUAUAAAUAUAUAUAGUGUGCAAGCAAGUGCAACAUCUGAUUAGAGGUCGAUGGAUCGAGAACUACACAUAUUGUUUUUUUCCUUCCUGGGCCAUGGACAUCUGAUACCAAUGUGUGAUAUGGCCACACUCUUUGCUAGUAGAAGAGGGGUGAGGGCAACCAUAGUGACCACCCCGCUGAACGCACCUACUAUUUCUAGGACGAUACAAUGGGGAGAAGGAGCUCAUGCAAAUAACAAGAUACAAAUCAGAAUCAUCAAAUUCCCAUGUGAAGAGGCUGGGUUACCAGAAGGAUGUGAAAAUCCAGAGUCUCUCCCCUCCCCAUCUAUGAUGCCUGACUUCCACAAAGCAGCCACCAUGCUACAACAGCCCUUGGAACACCUCCUCCUCCAAGAGCAUCCAGAUUGCCUUGUUGCCAGCGCUUUAUUCCCCUGGACAACUCACUCUGCUGCUAAAUUCAACAUCCCAAGGCUUGUCUUUCACGCCACCGGUGUGUUUGCAUUGUGCGCCGCUGAAUGCGUCCGCAUUUACCAGCCUCACGAGAAGGACAAUGUUUCUUCUGAUGCAGAUCCCUUUGUCAUUCCUCAUCUUCCCAAACCCUCUGGCGGUGGCGGCAAGGAGAUAACAAUGGCAAGGAUGUCUUUGCCUAAUUACAUUAAAAGCAACGACGACGAAGCUGAAUCCAGGGCAAGAAUAGUGAAUGCCAUCAUCGAAUCAGAGGUCACAAGCUUCGGAGUGGUUGUUAACAGCUUUUAUGAACUUGAGCAGGUCUACGCAGAUUACUACAACCAAGUGCUGGGAAGGAAAGCGUGGUACGUAGGACCGGUUUCUCUAUGCAGCCGUGGGGAGGAUGAGGACAACUUGGACAAGCACAAGCACAAGAGAGGAAAGCAAGGUUCCAUUGAUGAUGAGUUGAAAGAAAGAGUAUUUUUCAAUUGGCUUGACUCUCAGAAACCCAAUUCAGUGGUGUAUGUUUGCUUUGGAAGUAUUGCAAACUUCAGUGAAACUCAGCUGAAAGAAUUAGCAACAGGACUUGAAGCUUCUGGACAUCAAUUCAUAUGGGUUGUGAGGAGAAGCAAGCACUCUCAGGACCAGGAUGUGGAGUGGUUGCCAGAAGGAUUUGAGAGAAGAAUGGAAGGCAGGGGAGUAAUUAUCAGGGGUUGGGCGCCACAAGUGUUGAUUCUGGACCAUGAAGCUGUAGGGGGGUUUGUGACACACUGCGGAUGGAAUUCCACACUAGAAGCAGUGUGUGCUGGUGUACCUAUUGUGACUUGGCCUGUGUGUGCAGAGCAAUUUUACAAUGAAAAAUUUGUGACUGAGAUACUUGAAAUUGGGGUCCCAGUUGGGGUUAAGAAAUGGGCUAGAGUGGUGGGAGAUGAUAGCAUAACGAGUUCUGCUGUGGAGAGGGCAAUCAAUCGUAUAAUGGUGGGGGAAGAAGCAGAGUCAAUCAGAAACAGAACACACAAACUUGCUCAGGUGGCUAGGACGGUUGUGCAACAGAAUGGAUCAUCUCACUCUCACUUGACGGCUUUGAUUCAACAACUUCGCUCUGCCUCCCUGCCCAAGUUACCGUAGCAAUCACAUGCACUCUCAUUAAUUAUGUUUGUUGCAAACCAACCACUACGUACCCCCAGUUUUCUUGUAAUCAAAAUUCAAUGAAACCUUACUUCCAUUUACCAA